GUACUCCAGUUAUUGCUCGCUAUAAUCAAAACGCAGUCACAAUGUGCAACUAUUAGAUAUAAUUAUUUACACUUUUUCCAAGCAAUUAGGGCAACGGGAAAUAGUUGCACUAAGAUGUACUAUGGAAAAUGGGCAUUAGCAAUAGCAAAGAAACACUCUGUAGCGCGGUACCAUUAAAACGCAUAUAACCGGAAACGGUUGGUUCCAAAUUAAUGCAUCGAUGCACAUUGUGCAACGUAGAGCAUAAGAACUUGGCGACAUAAUUUGUUUUUUUCCUUUACUGCACGCGGAACGGCUUUCUGUUAGCACACGGUAAGGUGUCGUGAGCCAGUUGCUGGGUAGCACUAGUGGAAAUCAGAUGUUUUUCAGUGUGCGAAAGAUGCCGGAUAAAAAUUUGUUAAGGCUAGUAGUGAUUUUAGUGGAAGUACUUUUCGGUACACCGUUUGCUAGUUGUGCUGAAAUUGGUUCCGAAGUGGACCUAAUGAUAUCUGCUGAUGGUAUUCUAAAUGCGCAACUAAUGCCCAUUACUUAUCUCAUGCUGGAUGGUGUGUGUGAGAUGAGUUCAAAUGAUGGUGACUGUCGACAGGAGAAGGGUGCCGAAAGUCGUACCGAAUCAGACCAAACGGAUGAGCAACUGUUGCACGAGCUUGGUACAAACGAUGCCAGCUAUAGUAGUGCACUUUCGACACUGGAAUUUCAUCGCACGAUGAUAAAUCUUUACCGUUGUAAGGGUUUCCUUGCCAAACGGAUCAUCAACGUAUAUCCAACGCAAUCCCAGCUCUUCAAACGCAUGAGCUCAGCGAUGCCAAAUAGCUCCUCGCUGGUGAUGAGUGCACCUCAAGAUCCUACGGACGGUAUGCUGUACGAUCCGGGAUCGUCAGGAUACAAAGAAUGGCUUACAAAGACCUCAACGCUGGAUGACAUUUAUGCAAACUUUCUCUCCAACCGCAAGGUGAAUGAUACGCUCAAUCGAAGCCUCCAGCAUGCCACCAUCCAACAGCGGCAGUCUGAAACGCAUCGUCCCACAUCGAAUCCGCGCCUUGGUCAGGAAGAAUACUUCGACGAAGGUAUCAUUACCGGGUACGCGAUGCAACCGGAUCACAUAGGCAAUAGUGUGCAAGGUGGUGGCACACCCGGCGCUACAAAUUACGACCGUUACGGACAGUACGGUGCGAACGAUUUACAGCUAAGACAGUCCAAAUAUCAACGGGGCUUGCUGCAAGGGGAAGCGGACGGGUACGAGGCAUCGCGCGGUGACUAUGCUUACCAUCAUCAUCAUCACACACCAGUCGUGGAGUAUGAGGAGAAAGCGGUGGAUAAGAGUUUGCUCGGUUUGAAAGAUCUGUUCGAUAUAGCGCUGACAACGCUUGCGUACCUUUCAUUUGGGAUGUUCAUACUACAGGUGAUCAUGUGCAUAACGAUGACGAAAAGCGAUUCAAACAUGAUGAUACUGCCCACGACUUCAGAGGUGGAGGUGGAGGAAGAAGAGGGACGUCGAGUUGCGCGUGCGCUGACCGUGGAAGGAUCGGCUAGGGCGCGGGAACUUAAUCAGCUCGCACUGUACGUGAUCGAUUCGUUCGAUACCAUCGGCAGGAAUGGACCGGAACAGGAUCUCUGUCUGCAGGCAUGUCUCUGCAAGGCGAACCGAUUUUCCCGCACCCUCACGAGCAUCCCCGGAUAUUGGAUCAGUGUAUGGAGCUUCGGGGUAUCUUGGCUAGCUCGUUACAAGCAUCCCUCAAGAAACGUACCUGCGUUUGCAUUGAAAUGUAUGAGCGCGGCACUGAUAGGUCUUGGUAAGGGCAAGUGCGCCGAACUGUACCCCUGUGGAGGCAAACAAUCCAAGUAUGAGUAGAAGGUUCACUCUGAAAGCAUUCCAUCGUUGAUUCCUUUUUUUUAAAUAAACAACUGUCCUACUACUUCUUUCCCACACCAUCUUAGUCGAUUAACAUUCGAACAUAAAAGAUGCACAGUUUGCUUUAUAAUUUCGGCUUUGAAAGUAGCCUAUAAAACCAUUCAUGCUUUGAUAGUAGCACGCAGGGAAGUGUACACCUGUGUCUUACUUUGGUCGUCUGA